CUGCUGGGCAUUCCUGGCCUGGAGGCAGCCCAUAUCUGGAUCUCCAUCCCCUUCUGUGCUAUGUACACCAUAGCCAUCUUGGGGAACUUCACCAUCCUGUUCAUCGUGAAGAGGGAGCCGAGCCUCCAUGAGCCCAUGUUCUAUUUCCUUUGCAUGCUGGCCAUCACCGACCUGGUCAUGUCCACAUCCACUAUACCCAAAAUGCUGAGCAUCUUCUGGUUCAAUUCCAGGGAGAUCAGUUUCAGUGCCUGCCUCACCCAGAUGUACUUCGUUCAUUCAUUCUCAACAAUGGAGUCUGGAAUGCUUGCCGCCAUGGCUUUUGAUCGCUAUGUGGCCAUCUGCAAUCCUCUGAGAUACUGCACUACCCUGACAAAUUUUGCUGUGGCCAAGAUAGGUCUGGCCGUGGUGCGGCGUAGUGGCAUACUCAUAUUACCCUAUCCCUUUCUGGUGAGGCAGUGGCCAUACUGCACAACGAACAUCAUCCCACACUUCUAUUGUGGGCAUAUAGCCGUGGUGAAGCUGGCCUGCGCUGACAUCCGCAUCAAUAGUUACUAUGGGCUGUUUGAUCUUUUCUCUGUGAUUGGAAUGGAUGUGUUUUUUAUUGCCGUGUCCUAUACUCUGAUCCUCCGGUUCUUUUUCCUUUUCUGCGGCACCACCGCUACAGUCGCCAAACCGGUGGUCUGCUCUCUAUUUGCCCAUCUCUAUGGGCGGCAGGGUCAUAACAUGGGCCCAGCCAGAAAAUCAUCAUAA